ACGCUGACACGGCCCAGACACCCCACAAGUCCGGCGGCACCCCGAGGCCGCGGGACCCCAGGCGGGGAAAGGGGGCCCCCAGCCCCGCGUCCCCGACCCCGCAAUGGCGGGCGAGGCCCGGGCCGGUGGGGACACGGCGCUGCGCCGUCUCCUGAGGCUGCACCGCACGGAGAUCGCCGUGGCCGUGGACAGCGCCUUCCCGCUGCUGCACGCGCUGGUCGACCACGACGUGGUCCCCGAGGACAGAUUCCAGGAGACGCUGCGUCUGAAGGAGAAGCAGGGCUGCCCACAGGCCUUCCACGCGCUCCUCUCGUGGCUCCUGACCCAGGACACGGCUGUCAUCCUGGACUUCUGGAGGGUUCUCUUCAAGGACUACAACCUGGAGAGAUACACCCGGCUGCAGCCCAUCCUGGACAGCUUCCCCAAAGAUGUGGACCUCAGCCAGCCCCGGAAGGGGAGGAGGCCCCCGGCUGGCCCCAAGGCCACCGUGCUGCUGCCCAGGCCCCCCACCAAGAGGAAGGCCCUGGAGGAACCGAGGGCCACCCCGCCAGCAGCUCUGUCCCCGAGGGGCACCUCCAGCCCAGGCUCCCAAGCCAAGGCCAAGCCCUCCAAGAAGUCAGAGAGCAACGCAGAGCCACAGCGCCUCCCGCUGGGCAACGGAAUUCAGACCAUGUCCGCUUCGGUCCAGAGAGCCAUGGCCGUGUCAUCUGGGGACGUCCCAGGAGCCCGCGGGGCCGUGGAGGGGAUCCUCAUCCAGCAGGUGUUUGAGGCAGGUGGCUCCAAGAAGUGCAUCCAGGUUGGGGGGGAGUUUUACACUCCCAGCAAGUUUGAAGACCCCGGUGGGGGAAAGAACAAGACCCGAAGCGGCAGCCUGAAGACCCUGGUCCGAGCCAAGGGGACCCAGGCUCCUGCCCCUGGUGGAGGCGAUUCGAGGGCAGGCCAGCCGGACAGGGCCCCGGGCCCCCCUGCCCUCCCCAGUGAGCCCCAGCUGCACCAGAAGAACGAGGAUGAGUGCGCGGCGUGCGGGGACGGCGGGGAGCUCCUCUGCUGCGACGGCUGCCCCCGCGCCUUCCACCUGGCCUGCCUGACCCCGCCGCUGCACCGGAUCCCCAGCGGGACCUGGCGGUGCGCCAGCUGCCUCCAGGGAAGAGCCCAGUGGGACCUGCCCCGGGCUGAGGAGCCCCGGCCCCAGGAGCCGCCUGCAGAGACCCCGGUCCUCCUGGCACUGAGGUCAGCGGGAGAGGAGGCGAGGGGACCGCCCAGGGAGCGCCCCGCUGGAAUGGAUGUUGCGGUCACCUACAAGCUGCUGGCCUCACCUCCUGCAGCCCCCCCGCUUGUGCUGGACCCCUCGGCCCUGCACCCCCUGCUGUGUGUGGGCCCUGAGGGGCAGCAGGGCCCGGCGCCCGGCGCGAGGUGCGGGGUGUGUGGGGACGGCGCGGACGUGCUUCGGUGCUCACACUGCGCCGCCGCCUUCCACUGGCGCUGCCACUACCCUGCCGGCGCUGCCCGGCCCGGGGCCACCCUGCGCUGCAGAUCCUGCUCCGGAGACCCCGCCCCGGCCCCCGGGGAGGGGGCGCCCGCCGCGAGUCCCACCCCGAGCCCCGCCCGCCCGGCUCCCGGGACCCCCAAGCUCAUCGCGGGGGACGAUUCUGCUGCUCACGAGCCGGUUCUGCACAGGGAUGACCUGGAGUCCCUCCUGAGUGAGCACUCCUUUGACGGCAUCCUGCAGUGGGCCAUCCAGAGCAUGUCCCGCCCGGUGGCCGAGGCGCCCACCUUCCCCUCCUGAUCCAGGACCCCAGCCUUCAGGCGGCAUGGGAGGAGGAGGGGAGGCACCGGAGGACGCUGCCAGAGCCGGAGCAGACCUCAUACGCACGGCCACUGGCUUGGAAAGGGACCGAGGGGGAAGUUAGGACCAGGAACUGAGAUGUUCCGAGUGCCGUCAACAGUCAGCUUGUCAGCAGCCAUGCCUGUGGCGGCACAAA